AUGGCCCAAAUUAAGAGUAUUCUUCGCUCUAAUUUUCGAAUUAAGGACUUAGGACCAUUAAAGUAUUUUCUGAGCUUGGAGGUGAAUCAAUAUGAUGAGGGUAUUUGCGUUUCUCAAAGAAAGUAUUGUCUUGAAUUGCUUACUGAUUCUGGAAUGCUGGGCUGUAAACCAAGUUCAACACCCAUGGACAGUUCUAUGAGGCUUCGUCAAAAUGACUCCAGUUAUUUUCUUGAUGAUCCUUUGUCUUAUAGAAGUCUUGUUGGAAGAUUAAUAUAUCUUACAACAACUUGCCUUGAUAUUGUUUAUGCAACCCAGCAGCUAAGCCAGUUCAUGGCUCAUCCUACUAAGUCUCAUCUUGGUGCAACAAGGAGAGUCCUUCGAUAUCUCAAAAGCUGUCCAAGCAAAGGUCUAUUCUUCAAACGAGAUUCUCAUACACAUCUCAUUGGUUUUAGCGAUGCCGAUUGGGCAACAUGUGUUGACACUAGAAGAUCCAUAACAGGUUAUUGCUUCUUCCUUGGCAACUCCUUGAUUUCUUGGAAAACAAAGAAACAAAACACAGUGUCUCGUUCUUCUUCAGAAGUCGAAUACAGGGCUCUUGCAACCAGCACUUGUGAGUUACAAUGGCUGUCCUAUCUCCUUGAUGACCUCAAGAUUACUUGUACCAAAUCUGCAGUUCUAUACUGCGACAAUCAAAGUGCUCUUUAUAUAGCUGCUAAUCCUGUGUUCCUUGAGCGCACAAAACACCUAGAAAUUGAUUGUCACCUCGUCCGUGAAAAGUCUCAAGCAGGCCUGAUGCGUUUGCUCCCUAUUCCUUCUUGUCAUCAACUCGCAGACAUGUUUACCAAAGCCUUGCCACCUCGCUCAUUCACCUCCAAUGUAUCCAAGCUGGAGUUGGUAGACCUCUACACACCACCAACUUGUGGGGGGCUAACAGAAAAUGGCCCAAAACCAUUAGAGGAGACCCAUGAUAAUUUGGCCCGUAUAAAUCCUGUAGAUACCUCAAAUUGUAAAUAG